AUGGGAAAUUCGCAGACCAAAGAAGCACGUGGGCAGGGCUCUUCUGGCUCUAGAGUCGGUGGCAGCGCCAGCGCAGCCUCUCGACAAGACGGACAAUCCAAUGGCUCCGAGUCUUCUCUACGGCCUUUGUAUUCGUCUCGACAGCGGAGAGGGAGUCGACCUGAUUUCUCUUUUCUCGGCAUUGGCGGAAAUAGUGAUCCGGAUGCUUCCUCGCUCGAAACAAGGCGAGAGACCAAACAGGAGAGAGAGGCAAGGAAGGCGGAGAAAGAACGAGCGGCAAGGAUUAAGGAGCGUGAACGUAGUAUGAGAGAGGAACAUGUCGAUGGCGGUUACCUUGUAACCCAGGGCGUCUACGUUGGUCCUGAAGAUUUUAGCAAAGCAAUUGUUCGACAACUUAUGAUCGAGCGCCGGCUGGCUCCAUUUUGGAGAGGCUUGAACGAUUUCUCAGACUCAUGGGCAGAACAUCAACUCAUGGCGGCUGCCAGAGGUAUGGCGAUCCCUCCAGCGGACGAGGUGCCUCCGGAACUCGAAUACCGGCUCACCAAAAAUCCACUGUCGGAUAAGACCAAGGAAGCUUCUCUUAAAAAUCUUACAAUCCCCAUUGGGCCAAGGUCACAAUCAUUCCAGUCGGACAGUUCAGCUCCGCUUUCGCCUGCUCCGAACUCUCUACCGCUUCCUUCACCGGCAUCACCACCACCCUCUGGUUCGCCAAACACCAACAUCUUUAGGAGCCGCGCCAAAACAUUAGCAUCUCUAACUACGUCCUCGCGAGGUAAUUCUCAGGCCGAGAUGGCACCUCGAGAAUUUCAGUUACCUCCGGACCCAUUUGUCAACGGACAGCCGAUUGAAGUUUAUCUAUACAAGGAUGCUUCGGAAUGCCCGAUCUGCUUCCUGUACUAUCCUCCAUACCUAAACACGACGAGGUGUUGCGAACAGCCGAUCUGUUCGGAAUGUUUUGUACAAAUAAAACGACCAGAUCCACAUCCUCCAGAACAUGAGCAGCCAGAUCCUAAUGCUCCUCCCAUUUCCGAAGCUGAGCGUGAAGCGCAAGCAGAGGGCCUACUUGUUUCUGAGAUUGCAACAUGUCCGUAUUGCAAAACCCCAGAUUUUGGUAUCACAUACACACCGCCACCGUUCCGCCGAGGCCUCACGUACGGUGCUGGAUCUCAACCAUAUCAAGCCAUGUCAGCAAUGUCCUCACAGACCUCACUUUCUUCAGGGAACUUGUCUCCGGGCCCUGGCCGAAGGCGUGGGACCUCCCUUUCUGCAAAUGCCCCCGAGGUCAUUACCACAGACAAGAUCCGCCCAGACUGGGCGACAAAGCUGGCAGCAGCACGGGCGCAUGCUGCUCGACGAUCUGCAGCGGCUACGGCAUUACACACUGCAGCAUAUCUUAUGAACGGUCAGGGUCCCGAGUCUCGAGCUUUUACAACUUUCGCCCGACGAAGUAUGCUUAGACGUCCCACGUUAGAAGGCGCGGAGAACGGACCGAGCGCAAACCUGAGCGCUCUUGCAAUGCUGGCAGAGAGACAUGCCGCUCGUCAACAGGAACAAUCAACUGUAGACUCUCGGAACCCUUUCCUCCCUCCCCCACGUGGCAGCAGUUCUCGAAGGAGUCGUAUGGACGAUUUGGAAGACAUGAUGAUGAUGGAGGCUAUUCGGUUGAGCCUAGCCUCGGAAGAAGAACGUCGCAAGAAAGAAGAAAAGGAAGCACGCAAAGAAGCAAAGAAGAAAGAAAAGGAGAAUAAGAAGGCAGAAAAGGCUGCUCGUAAGAACAGUCCUCUUACCAUGAACUCCAACAUCAGCAAUGGUGACGGAUCGAGCAGUCUGAUGGAAAGAUCCCAGAGCAACCUCUCUCUAGGUUUAGACGACGACUCCACCACAGAUAAGGGCAAGGGUGUCGAGCGCAGCGAAACUCCUCCCGCGGAAGGAACGAAGAUUGAAGACGAGACCCCUCGACCAUCCUACAUCCCCGCUUUAUCACUUUCUGGCACGAGUCAAGAAUCUUUGGCGUCUUCCAUCCCAAUCCCUGCUUCGGCUGAACCAUUUCGUCGGUCUCAUCUCCGACAAAUGUCCAAUGCAUCAUCAACUUCGUCUUCAUUUGUCGAAUCGGGCCCGGCGGCCACGUUUCCUGGCACAGGAACGCCACCGCCAGGAAGUCUGGAGCCGAUGUUCAAUUUCAGGAGUCUUGCUGCAAUGAUCGGCGAAGAUGAGAAAGGAGAAGAUAGUACACAUGUCGAAAAUGCCGACCGAGAUCACUCUCCCAGCUCUCUCGAGAAUAUCCAGGGCCAGUUUUCUUCAGCAAAAGGUGGAGAAUGCGCAGAGCCUGAAGAUAUGAGUCCCAGUGGGGCAUCUGAUUCGGACUCCAAAAAGGAAACCGAGGAGGAUCCAAGUAUGAGGAAAGGGAAAACUGUCGUCGAAACUUCUGCAGCGGUGUCCAAUGUCUGA